AUGUCGAAUAACGAAGCGAAAGACCUUGUCUCUUCUAGUAUGGCGGGACAGUAUCGCUCAUUCACUCUAGCCCAGCUACAAACAAAGAUCGCAAAGGACAGAACAUUCAGCAAAGACUUUCGUCACGUCCCAGAGCACACCCAGCUCAACUUCGAAAAGCUUGGUGAGAAAACGAUCACUUCACCUGGGCAGAAAUUGCUCGUUGGCACGUACAGAAAGCUUGAAAAGGAGGCAACGCAUGAUGUAUGGGCACAUGCACAUUGUCUGGUCAAUGCCGAUAGCGUCAACCAGAUUAGCUACUUCCUGGGGGACAACACAAAGCUCAACCUUAAUGAAAUCGCGAAAGUCGAGUUCGUCCAGCCAUUUCAGCAGCUUGGCAGUAUCGAUACUGCUAGAACACGAGACAAAGUUCGGUUCUUGAUACUUUUCUACUUCCUAGAGAAGGGAUGUCUUGAAAAAAUCGAGUUCAAACAGGACGGGUUCGAUCUUCUCAGGCUAGCUUGCGCGACUGUGGCUAAGGCACAGAGAGAUACUGAUAAAGGUCCAGCACGGAGGAAUACUCAUAAAGGCCCAGUACAAAGAAGAAUGGCGGUGGUGAAGGUACGUCCUGGCAGAAAAGCGCAUGGUUCUAAACCAGAUGAUCCCAGUGAAACAUCUCUUCCGAGUUCGUUGACUACAGCUUUCGAGGUUGGCACAUCCACGGACACAUCCAUCGCAGCCAAAACACAUCUGGAUACCCAGCACCUUAAUCGUCCGGACGUCUUCGCGCCUAUGACUGGAAGGCUAGGACUGGAGGAGUUGCGUGUUCUGUCAACAGACGCAAACACUGCACAUCAAGACGGCGAGCAUACGAAAAGAGCCAGCGAAGUGAUAGCCGAGGCUGAUGACGAAGAGCGGUACUCCAAGCGACAAAACACUAACGACGGUCUUUAUCACUUCCAGAAAUUCGUCGAGCAAAUUCGACGUCACACGGACGAUGAGUACGAAGCGUUAAAGAUCGAAGCCACGAGCCUAAGAUCACAGAACUCGGUGAUGGAGCGGAAACUAAGUUUAUGCGAGAGUAGUGUAUUGCAGCUUCAGAAAGAAUCCGGAAUUUUGGAGUCUAGACGUCAUCAAUUGGAGGAUAAGCUUAACAAGGCGAAUAAGUUAUCCGAACUCUCGGCGCUUUCGGCAACCAAACUCACGAAAGAGCGAGAUGCCAAACACAUGCUCCUAGUGCAAGAGAUCAAAGUCAGAAGGGAAGGGGAACAAGAAAAGAUUGAGAUUCUAAAGGAGCUUGGAGAGUUGAAACCUUUCAAGACACAUUUCUUGAAGAUGAUGUCGGACUUGCAGGAGAGUGGCAGCUUGAUAAAGGCGUCGUUGGAUUAG